AAAAGGAAAGUCUUUCUACUUGCAAUAUUCGACCGUUCAAUUAUGGAAUUAAAUAGAAAUGAAAAAUGGAAAGUCACUGAUGUUUAAAUACACCUGCAGUGCAACACCAAUACCUACAACACAAUUACAAGAAACAUAGCAUUCAGCUUCCUACGGUUUACCUCUUAGAGUUCUCUAGUUAAGUUCUACGUUGGCUUUUUCUUUGCUUCCUUCUCGCUAUGUUUCUAGUAUCCUCUGUUAUUCCAAUGGACGUUUCAAAGUCUGAGACUUUAAACACAAACGACUCUUAUUUACCUGUCAAGAAACGUAUGAGACUUAACGAACCUCCCACCGACAAAGCCCUAGUUUCCACUGCUAUAGACAAGGUUUAUUUUUCAAACAACGCAAAGUACAAGGGAGUUGUUCAGCAUCAGAACGGUCACUGGGGGGCUCAGAUUUACGUAGACCACAAACGGAUCUGGCUCGGGACUUUCAAAUCAGCUGCUGAAGCCGCCAUGGGGUAUGAUAGCGCAUCCAUCAAGCUUCGGAGCUUCGACGCAAACUCGUAUAGGAACUUCCCUUUGUCUGAUUUAACGGUCCACGAACCUGUGUUUCAAAAAGGCUACACAACGGAAGCUGUGUUGAACAUGAUCAAAGACGGUUCUUACCCACGCGAGUUUCAAGAGUUUCUCAAAAACCGUUCUCAGGUUGCCGUGGGAUCAAAACAGAGCCGAAGGGAUGAAGAACCGAACAAGUGCUUCUCUUGCACGCAGCUUUUUCAGAAGGAACUGACAGCGAGCGAUGUAGGGAAACUCAACAGGCUUGUGAUACCCAAGAAGUAUGCAGUGAAGUAUUUACCUUUUCUAAGCGAUGAUCAAAGCGAAAGAGAAGAGGGUGAAAUAGUAGAAGACGUUGAGGUUGUGUUUUAUGACAGAGAGAUGAGACAGUGGAAGUUUAGGUAUUGUUACUGGAGAAGUAGUCAGAGCUUUGUGUUAACCAGAGGAUGGAUUGGUUUCGUCAAGGAGAAGAGGCUCAAGGAGAAAGAUGUGAUCACUUUUUACACUUGUGAUGUUCCGACGUUAGAAGGCCAGAGCAAGAACUUCUUGAUGGUCGAUGUUCAUCGCUUUUCAGACAACGAGACUGUGGUCACAGAUGAGGAAGUAAACAAGAUAGUUCAUAACAGUUCUGAUGAUGUAAUGAAACCAGAUAACUUCUCUAAAUCGAAGUUAGGAGAAGAAGAAACCAAGCCAGAGGAGAACAAAGGAGGAGGGUUUAUGUUGUUUGGUGUUAGGAUCCAAUAG